AGAACGUCAGCGACCGGCAACCACGACCAACCAUUUACAGCAACGCGUAUACUUAAUCCGAUCGCUGCUUCCUCCGACGAAUAUCCAUUUCCCGCGAUCAUAGAACGACAGGCGAUGCGCUUUCGCGCCACUUGACGACGACGCAACGAAACGACCUUCAACUUCAAUGACGGCCGCCAUUGUCACGCGCACCCCUCUACACACCCUUAGCAUGACCGGCGCACAAACGAACGGAAUCAAGAGAAAAAGUCUUCGCCAUCUCAAUAAUGAUCCAGACGAAGAUGCGCCGCCCUCCAAGAAACCGAAAGCUCCGUCUACCACCACAUCCUCGAGAAACGCGUCGCAGAACACGGUGAAGAAGGCCAAGAAGGCCUACGAUGAAAAGGAUGAUGAUUUCACUUUCACGCGUGCUCGCACUAGAAAGGCCAAAGCAAAGACACCUGAUGUAGCACCGGAACCGGAAUUCACAGCUGCAGCUGCAGCGCCUGCUGAGGAGGCACAACCUGCGCAAAAACAACCACCACCAGUCGACGACAAUGCGCCCAUAGAAGCUACACAACCGCCCAGGAAGAAGCCCAGAAAGACGCUGCCCACGACCCCUGAGCCUGCCACGCGACGACGUUCCAAGCGCUUAUCUGGCAACAGCCCUGUCCACGACCAAGCACCUGCGACUUCGAAGCCAGCUUCCGAAUCGCAAUCGCAGCAAACGAACCCCGCGACACCGCCUCCAGCGCCUGAAAUCGAAGAAAAUGUCGCGCCUGCAGCAGAUCGCAGUCCGGCUGUGGAUCAGGGCGAAUUGACGAUACACAAAAAACGCGGCCCUGCGAAAAUCCCGCUACCAUUUGGAGAAACGCCUGUGCUGCGUCGCAACAAGGAGAUGCGUAAACUGAGUGCUGAGAAGUCGAGGAGAAGUUCGUCAGGGAUGAGAGGACGGAGAGCUUCGUCUUUGAUUGAAGCAGGCAGCUCACGCGCCGUACCACAUAACCAGGUCGAAACAAAUGAGUUCUACAAACACAUCUCUCAGACUUUGGUCGAGCCGAAACGCAUGCGGCAACUGCUCAUGUGGUGUGGCCAUCGAGCUUUACCGGAGAAGAGUGGUGGUGGUCAAAUGGAUGCGGCUGAGACGGCAGCAAUGCACGCAGCGAGAGUUAUCCAAGAGGAACUGCUCAACGAGUUCAGCGCACGGAAUAAUUUGAGUUAUUGGUAUGAUCGAGAGGACACAACGCCAACUGUACUGGUAAAAAAGCCGAAUCCGAGGAACAUCCAAAACGCCGAGAAGUUGCAGCAGUUGGAGGCAGAGCUUGCGCGGUUACAAGAAGAAAAACGAGCAUGGGACGACCUCUUAACCUCAACAUCACCACCAAAGGACUCGACAACGCCAGCAGAAACCGAAGCUUCGUCAUCACAAAUGCAACUCGAUAUAUCACCGACAGCCAUCGAUCCCUCGCUAUUAGACCCCUCACAAGCCGACCUACUUCAAACACUUCUCUCAGGCAUCUCCCUAAACUCUUCCGAACCAUCCACAACCCCCGCUCCAACAUCAACACUAGAAUCUACGAAACAGCGCAUCGGAACGAUAGCAUCUACGCUAGAAUUCAAGAUCGACAAGCUAGCAGAUGGAGCGCAUAAACUCGAACAAUAUAGAGCAGGUGCACAGAGACUGGCCGAUCAUGUGCUUUCUGUUGGAGCGGAGAAAUUGGAAGAGAGGGAUAAGAGUGUCAGAGAGAAGAGUAGUGCAGCUAUAGGGGGCCAAGUUGAUCCGCUCGAGAGAUUGAGAGGAUUGAGCAGGGUAUUGAACAAGCGUGGAUAAGAUUCAGUUGGUUUAUGGACCUUUUUUUAUGAGUGUGUGCAGCAAAGCAAGCAAGUGUGGGAGUUUUACGAUUGAUAUCGGACAUUGAUCGUUUGGGCAUUUUGAAACGAGAAUUUUUUUCACU